UCUUACCCUAGUCCUUCAUUCCAUUGACUCAAUCAACAGAGUAGUAGAGAACCGUGCUCAUCUCUGCAAUGGCAAAUCCUAAGGUCUUCUUCGACAUGACUGUCGGCGGUGCUCCAGCUGGCCGGAUCGUGAUAGAGCUGUUCGCAGAUACUACGCCUCGAACAGCUGAGAAUUUCAGGGCUCUCUGCACUGGAGAGAAAGGGAUGGGUCGUAGCGGCAAACUUUUGCACUACAAAGGAUCGAGUUUUCACAGAGUGAUCCCUGGAUUCAUGUGUCAGGGAGGCGAUUUCACUGCCGGAAAUGGAACUGGGGGUGAAUCUAUCUACGGAUCAAAGUUCGCCGAUGAGAACUUCAUUAAGAAGCACACCGGACCAGGGAUAUUAUCGAUGGCUAAUGCAGGGCCUGGGACAAACGGGUCGCAGUUUUUUAUAUGCACGGCGAAGACCGAGUGGCUGGACGGACAGCAUGUGGUGUUUGGGAGAGUUGUGGAAGGGAUGGAUGUGGUGAAGUCCAUUGAGAAGGUUGGAUCUUCCUCCGGAAGGACCUCGAAGCCCGUUGUGAUUAGUAACUGUGGUCAGCUUGCUUGAAUCGAAGCUCGUGUGCUGCGUCUCUUUCUGUUUAGCCUUAGCCUGUUGCUGCUGGCUCACUGGAUUCCGCCGUUAUCUUUUGUCGUGUAUUUCACCGUUUCAAUGUUUCUCUUCUGCUUCUCUUGUUAAAUUAAUAAAAAAAAUGUUUGAAAUA